CGUCACCCGACGUAAAUCGACGAGGGCCAUCCGAGAGCCAUCCCCGUCGUGACGCACUUACGUCUUCGCCCGCUCUCCUUUCGAGCGGCCAAUGGGAACGCAGCCCGCGCGGAUUUGGACGCGAGAGGACGUCCUCGAGUGUCGGAGCUCCCCGCGGGGCGAAAGGGGACCAGAAGGAAGGAGCGGAGCUAUUGCUAUGGCUGAGAAACUUGCCAAGAACUUUUCUUCAGAUGAGCAAGAUGUAUCUAGCAUGUUAUUAGAUUCAGAAAAUUCCAAAGAACAACUCAUAGAAGAAUGUGAAGAAAUAUGGAAACAAGUGGAGGAGUGCCAUACCAAAUUAUCUCUUCAAAGUGUUGAAACUCUUCCAGAUUCAGAUCUCAAGCUUUCAUUGUUAACUAAACGAUUCAAGGCUCUGUCGGCUGAAUUUAAUCAAUGGCAAAAAAGAGAACCAGAAAUAAUUACUACAAAUCCAGAUGUCCUAGUAGAAUUAGGAAGAGAACAGUUGCAGAAAUUAGACCACGAACUUGAACUGGUACUAUCAACAGUUAAUGCAAAGAAAAAACUAAAAGAAGAUUUUAUAAGGGAACAGAAAUGGCUGGAGGAACAGGAACAGCUUAUAGAAUGUCUCAGCCAAACAAUGGAAAAAAUGAACAAUCAUGUGGUACAUUUUUCUGAAAAACGCCUUCAGGAACUGAAAGCUAAAAUGCUGAAAAUAAAAGCUUAUAAGGAAGAAAUUUUGAAUGCAUUGGGAGAUUUCCUUGACGAACUCCCACUUCCUGAAAAUAGUGGAACUGCAAAAAAGAAAAGGCAUUCAUCAAAAGAGGAAGAUGUGCAGCUCAUAUCAUUACAUGAAAUUUUAGAGAAUCUCAUCAAUAAACUGGUAAACACUCCACAUGAUCCAUAUUUAACAAUCAAUGAUUCAUUUUGGUCACCUUACAUUGAGCUUCUACUGAGAUACGGGAUUGCGUUGAGACACCAAGAUCCAAGCAAGAUACGUCUGGAAAAUUUUCACCAAUAGCAAGAUAUUUUAAGAUGAAGGUUAUUCAGAAGAACAGAACUAAAAAACCUGGAAUCUGAGAAGAUAUUAUUAAGUUAAAAUCCUUCAUGUUUUCAGGCACACUCCUACAAUAGUUCUAUAGACCAUUUUUUAAAAGUUGUGAUUGUCACAAUUCCUUUUAUGUUUUACUGAUGUUAGUAAAUUAUGCUUGUAUUCUAAAACUUGGCUUGUUAGAUCAGAUU